UAUCACUCGGCAACCAGGGACUGGGGGCUGUGGCCACCUGCUCAGUUUUUUCUAUCAUCUUAGGCCCUCAUCUCUGGCAUGGGCUGUGUUCUGCCCAGGUAGUGGGGGCCCAGCUGGGAGGCACCUACCACCUGCUUCCCUCUCAAACACUCGCAGGCCUCACAGACAGACUGGGACUCUUACUAAUGUAGAAGCCGCGGGCAUUCAUGGCGGGCUUGGAGGUCCUGUUCGCAUCGGCGGCGCCGGCCAUCACCUGCGCGCAGGACGCGCUCGUCUGCUUCCUGCAUUGGGAGGUGGUGACGCAUGGCUACUACGCCUUGGGUACCGGCGACCAGCCGGGCCCCACUGAUAAGAAGUCAGAACUGCUGCCAGCCGGGUGGGAUAGCAAUAAAGACCUGUACGUCCUCCGGUAUGAGUCGAAGGACGGGUCCAGAAAGCUCCUUGUGAAAGCCGUUACCGUGGAGAACAGCAUGAUCGUCAACGUGCUGGAACCUAGCUCACAGCAAGUGGCAGACUUGACCCUGACCUUGGAUGAUUAUAUCGAUGCAGAACACCUCAGUGACUUCCACAGGACCUACAAGAACAGUGAGGAGCUCCGGUCUCGUAUUUUAUCUGGAAUCAUCACGCCUAUCCAUGAGCAGUGGGACAAGGCUAGUGUGAGCAGUCCCCACCGGGAGGUCCCCCCUGCCACUGCCAGAGUGGACCCACUCCAGAUUCCACCACACCACCCACAUACCAUCCGGCAGCCUCCCUGGUGUGAUCCCGUGGGCCCGUUUGCUGUCGGAGGAGAAGACCUGGACCCCUUUGGGUGUCGGAGAGGUGGCAUGAUUGUGGAUCCUCUGAGAUCUGGCUUCCCAAGAGCACUUAUUGACCCAUCCUCAGGCCUCCCAAACCGACUUCCUCCAGGCGCUGUGCCCCCAGGAGCUCGCUUUGACCCCUUUGGACCCAUUGGGACCAGCCCAUCUGGACCUAACCCAGAUCAUCUCCCUCCACCGGGCUACGAUGACAUGUACCUGUGAAGGCCUCAAGAAUGUAACCUCCCAGCCCUCCCUCCACUCUCCUGGAGAUGACACCGCUGGCCCCAUCAGCAACCGUGUUCUUGCAGGCUGGGGGCAAGGGACUCUGCCCAUGUGCUUGUGGGCCAGCCGGGAUCGACUCCCCACCCCUUUUCAGAGCCGAGGCAUCUGCUGCAGCUCUCCACCUGGCUGCAUGUAGGUCCCAAAGAGAAAUCAGUGUGUGUGUCUCACCACCAGCUUCUCCCCACUUCCCAGUGGAGACUCCGGCAACGUAUAUCCUCCACCCGAUGCAGUCCCAGUUGCAGCGCUAUAAGAACAGAACGCAUUUUGGAAGUUAUUAUUAAGAACCAAAUGUCAAUACAAAAUUCAUGCUGCCGGUCUCCCACUUUUCUUUUUACCUUAAUGAACAGCUCCUUCCAGUUAUGAGACUAAUUUAGAAUUUGGGUCUUUGUUGGGGCUAAAUGACUCUCAUCCUACCUAGGGCCUAAUCUUGCUUGUCAGACACCUUUUCAUAAAAUGCUGCCAACAUCACUAAGAUGUGUCCCAGUCUGGCUGCAUGGAUGGAAAUGAGUGACUGGAAGUCCUAUAAGUCACAUGGGUGACUUUCAUGGAGUGUUAACAAUAAACACCAGCACUAAUAACUAAUAACCGUAGAAGACUGCAGAAUCCUCCAGUUGUGCCUAUUCUAGGCAGUCCUCAGUCCUCAGCCUGAGUAGAAGUAAGCUCCAAGCAGAAGAAUAAAUAGAGCAGACCCGAUCUGCUCUGCUAAUCUCAGUUUGCCAGUAACUUACUGAGUGACCCUAAGCCUUGUGCUACCCAUGAAAUCAGAGGUGCCUUCCCUGCCCUACAACAUUCUGAUGUAUUUGUCUGUGUAUGACAACCCUUCGGAACUGGGGCAAAAGGAAGAGUGAAGAUUCGGGACUUCACAUGGCACCUACCUAGAGGGUCUGGAACGAGAGCAUGGGAACAUGGGCCCCCUCUGAGUGUGGUGUUGAACUUCCGGAAGGGCAGGGAUCCCUGGCCUUUGGAUGCCUAUGUCUGUGUCCAGCCCCUCCUAACUUUUCAUGUUUUCUGGAUCCUUUUCGACUCAAGGCCUGAUAGCCAUGGGCAAUGAUGAGCUCUGUGCUGGAGUGGGAAGUGCACCCUAAAGCACAAGGCUAAGAGGCAGGAGAUCAGGGCUUUCGGCACACUCCACAGCUAGUGUUACCACCAGUGUGGGUCUUCCACUUCUCAGCUCCUUGCAUUCCUUCCCCUAGACUAGGACACAGUAUUCUCCUUUGGGCAGCAGGUACCAUAGCUUUUCGGAGGUGUUCCUAGGGUGGUUGCUAUAGCCUGGGAUUGAUUUGAUUGCCUAUCUGCUCAGCCCAAGGAUGGGAGGGAAUAACCAAACUGACACGUAGGCCCAGGGUCAGUGUCAGCUGGAGGAGCGGGUGGCCCCCUGGCUGCCGGUGGUCCCCACGUCAGGCACUGACUUAGUGAAGGGCCCAAAGGCAGGGAAGCCGACCUUGUUGAAGUCUGUAGAACAUCUGUGGUCUGGAGGAAGACCUAGAGCUCAGGCAGAGGUGCAAAGGUGGCCGGUCAUUAACCAUGACCUUCCUUGAGGGCUCACAAGUAGAUGGAAUGUUAGCUUUUGUUUUGGAAUUGGGCCAUGUAACCAAAAGGACUUGGAGCAGUGUGCUCAUAAAAACAUCCUUUAUUAUAAAAGAAACCACUUAAAGGCACACCACACUAGGGGCCAUCAGGCAAAGGGGGUAAGGCAGGCAACAUGAAGGACCCUAAUUGGAAGAAAAGAUAUGAUUUAAAUAAUAGAUUUGCCACUUAAGACUUUCUAGCAGCAAAGGUAAAAAAAGAUAGUCAUAUACAUAAUUCUGUGGGUUUUUGCAAACAGAAAACUUAGUAAUUCACUUGCAGCAUUGGGCAGUUUUUGUGUUGGUCUCCUUGCCCCAAGGACACUGAGGAACACCAUGUCUCAACUGCUACAUGGGGGGAAGUGACUGGGCCUUCCUUUCCAGCCAUGAGUAAUCACCAAGCAAUGGUGGGAAUGUUUCAGGUGUAUGUUUCAUGAAACUCAAAAGAUUGGAGCCUUAACAAUAAACACCAGCACUAA